AAUAGCAACGAAUCAGUUGUCAGUUCGCAUCCAACUUGUAAGCAGGUAGAGACCGUAUAUUAUGUUUUAAGCUUAAAAGCCACGAGGUCGUUUGUUUCUAAAAAAAAUUAAAAAAACCUAAUCCAACUAAAAAAUAAUCGGUUUAUAAAGAAAUAUUACGAAAUAUUUCAAAUUGGAAUUGUUUUCAUAUUAAUUUAAAAAAAAAUUAUAGAAAAAUAAAAAGUAUUUUGUAUACUUUUGACUAAAUAAUGUGCUACUGGUGAUAAUUGUUUGAUGCAGUGUUUCCCACCCCCCAAAAAAAAGAAAUAAUUAAAUAAAGAAACAGAAAGAUAGAGAAAAAAGAAAGAGAGUGAAAGAAAAUUAAAGAGAAAUAACAGGCGUUUUAGUGAAUUUAGCUAGUUGGAGAAAUCUUAUUACUAAUUCGGAGCGAAUUGAAAUUACCGAUUGUUUGAGUAAAUAAAACCAGCAAUCUACUCGAGAAAUUAGAAUAUAUUUAAAACAAAAUUUUUUCCACAAAAAGGGUUAAAAUAAAAAGCGCAAAACUGCAAUUAUUAAACGAUCCAUACGCCAUUAUAAUGGACGGCUUUGCCCAUGAUUGGCCAACGACCUCGUCGACACGUAUAGAUAAUAAUGCACUGCAAAUGGAUCUGGUAGCUGAACUGCAUGAUGGAGGAUUUGAGCCUCAAACGAGAGCUAGAUCAAAUACAUGGCCAUGUCCAAGACCAGAGAAUUUCGUUGAUCCACCCGAUGAGUUGGAAAGCACAAAGGCCAGUAAUCAGCAUUUGGCUGGAGAUUCACAACAAACUGUUCCUAAUGUGAGUGCCGCCAAAAAGAAUUCAUCGCGCCGUAAUGCCUGGGGCAAUUUAUCAUAUGCUGACCUUAUAACACAUGCCAUUGGUUCUGCCACCGAUAAACGUUUGACCUUGAGUCAAAUCUAUGAAUGGAUGGUACAUAAUGUACCUUAUUUUAAGGACAAAGGUGAUUCGAAUAGCAGUGCGGGCUGGAAGAACUCAAUUAGACAUAAUCUCUCUUUACAUAAUCGUUUUAUGCGUGUUCAAAAUGAGGGCACUGGCAAAUCAUCCUGGUGGAUGUUGAAUCCUGACGCCAAGCAGGGUAAAUCAGUGCGUAGACGUGCUGCCUCAAUGGAAACGUCACGUUAUGAGAAACGUCGGGGGCGUGCCAAAAAGCGUGUCGAAGCUUUGCGUCAAGCUGGUGUUACCACCGGUCUCAAUGAUAAUACACCCUCGCCCAGCAGUAGUAUAAGUGAGGGUUUGGAUCAUUUUCCUGAAAGUCCGUUGCAUAGUGGUUUUCCCAUAUCGCCGGACUUUCGUCAACGUGCUUCAUCGAAUGCUAGUUCCUGUGGACGUUUAAGUCCAAGACAAACUGUUGUUGGUUUAGAAUUUGAAUGGGGCUUUGCGUCUGAUUAUCAAAAUUCAGCACCAGCUGCUACCAUGGAUAAAUUGGCUGGUUCAAUGGCCGAAGAAUUGACACUACAAAAGGACCUACUGCAACAGCAGCAACAACAGCAACAGCAACAAGGAUUUAGUGCAGGCUCGGGCAUGCCCACUCAACCACCACCACCAUAUCCUACCAAUACACAACAACAAACCUACUCGCUUAAUGGACACAUCUCACAGGGCUACAGCAAUUUACCAACUCAGCAGUGUAUGUUGCAUCGUUCAUUAACCUGCACCUGUUUGCAUUCAACACGUGAGGGUCUCUCUCCAAAUUCAGUAACAACCAUGUCACCCGCCUAUCAAAAUAGUGAACCAUCAUCGGAUUCCUUAAAUACCUACACAAAUGUUGUCAUAGAUGCUCAGUCAGGGGUAACGUCAGACAAUAGUGGUUCUAAUGUCUUAAUGGUACAACAGCAACAACAGCAGCAGCAACAGUUGCAGCAACAGCAACAACAACAACAGACACAACAACUUAGCUCAAAUUUAGAAGAUAAUAAUUGCGCAUCAACUUUAAUAGGACAAUAUUUGGGUGCAUUAAACAAUGAGCAAGCACCAAUUGACGAAUUUAAUAUUGAAAAUUUUCAAGGUGGUUUAGAGUGCAAUAUUGAAGAGCUAAUGCAGCAAGAAAUAAAUAUUGAUGGUCUGUUAGACAUUAACAUCCCGUUGACAGCUGUGAGCAGUAGUACAGGGAGUAACAGUGGUUGUAAUACAGGACUAAUGGUUGGUGGAAGUACAACAACUACGGCUGCAUCAGUUUUAAGCACACAGCAACAACUUAAUCAAUUGCAGGCACAAUUACAGCAGCAACAACAGCAACAGCAGCAGCAACAACAACAACAACAUCAUCAACAACAACAACAAUUGCCAUCAAUGCUUAACAACAAUAACAAUACAACAACAAUGACAACUGGCAUAGAAUUGCCAACACAAGCAAACACAGCCAACCUCAAUGCCAGAGUACAAUAUUCGCAACAAAGUGUGGUGACACCGCCCUCUUGGGUCCAUUGAUAUCAUCGGGUCGACUACUAUUCCCUACAAUAGAAACAUCGACGGAAAACAAACACACUUAGACACAGCUUGAAGGCAAACAUUAUGAGAGAAAUGAAAAGUUUGAAAAUCUAUAAAAACCUAUACAUAACAAAAGAAUGUUUUAAUCCUGCAACAAGGAUUUCAGGACAACAUUUCACAUAUACAUGCAACAACAUUUAACUGACAACAACAGACAGACAGACAACUGGACCUAAACAGCAAACAAAUAAUAUAAAAUAUAAUUAAAUUAAAUUUUAUAUUAUUUUGAAAAAAAAAAACAUAAAGAAAAACAAAAAAGGAAAUUGUAUCAUACUAAAAAAUACCAACAUAUUUUGCCAAACCUUAGAAGGACAUCCAAAACUACUACUACAACAAACAACCAACCAACCUACAAUCAUCAACUAUUAAUUUAAUUUCACAACAAAUUUUCAAAAAAAUAGUAACGGUUACUUUAAGGACAAUAGUGUAAAUAAUAAAACCACCAACAACCAACAAAACUCAAAACAACUUUUAACUGUUUGCAACGUUGAAAAAUUUAUAAACAAAACAAAGUUACAUCUGGUCGCCUAAUAAUAUUUACAUAGAAUAAUUUAAAGGAAAUUAUAAAUAAACAAAAAUAAAAUCAUAUUAUACAAUAAAUAAAUAAGAAACUUAUUAGUUGUUAAGUCUAUUAACAAGAAAUAGUAAAAAUUUAUAAACAAAACAUUAAAAAAACUAAAUGAAUAAAUGAAAACUUGAUAAAAAAAAAUAAAAUACAAAAGUAAUAAGGGUCAUUAACUGGUAAAAUAAAACCAUAAAUUAAAAUAAGUUUAAAGAAAAAACUAAAACUUAAAAAAAGUUAUUAAAUUUAAAUAUUUUUUAAAUUAAGGAAGUGUAACAACUGCUUUUAAAUACAUAGAAUAAACCACAGCUCCUUAAAGUAUGCCAACGAAUUCAAACAGACAAAAACACAAUAAAAAGUUUAUGCCAUUAUUAGCAAUUAUUACACCUCCUUAAUUAUUGGCAACAUUGAAGAAUUAAUUAAUAUUUACAUUUUUUAUUAUUACACUAUAAAAUAACUAUUUCUUUAAUCUUUAAUGUUUUUGUAAAUACAUACAUAUUUUAUUUAGUUUUUAUCAUUUUAAACAACAAACAUAAUACGUAAAACGUAAAAUAAUUUAAAAACCUAAAAACAAUUUGUAAUUGUUAAUAAUACAUACAGAAAAACAACUUAAUAUUAUUAAUAAAGUAAUAAAAAAAACAAUUAUUCAUAAUUAUUAUUAUUGUUUGAAAAUAAAAUUUAAUUGGAACUAUUAUUACUAUUAUAAUUACAAAAAUAUAAAAAAAAACAAGAAAUAUAAAAUUAUUUAAAAUUUAAUUAGCACAAUUUUUUUAUAAUAAUAAUUAUUAUUUUUUUUUUGUUGUUAAAGUUCAAACAACAACUUUUAGAAAAAAUGGAAAAUUAUUGAAAAAGUUUAUUUAAAAAAUUGUUUUAAUUAUUUGGAUGAAAAGUUUAACAAAAUUUAACAUAUGGAAAAGAAAAUAAAACUAUGUAUAAAUUAAACAACAAAUUAUAUUUUAAGUUUAAAUUUAAAUAAUUUUUUUCUAUAAAAUAAAAUUAAAUAUUACAAAAAAAAAUAA